CAGCCCCGGAUGUGGGCGGGGCCUUGAGGUGGACCUUGGGCAUCUCCACCGCAGCGGUUUGGAUCGACGGAACUGAAUCUUAUUCUUAAUUAUCAUGUGACGAGUUCAGGAUUUAAUGGGGGGAAAAGUGUGGAAGAGGAGAAGAAUCCACACUGGAGAAUUUAGCGACUUUUGCUGCCCUCUCGGCUCUUCCGCCAGCCACACUGCCUGGGUAUAUUUCCCUUAUUUCAGCCCUGCACCAGCCCCUUUAAACUGUUUAAAUGAGAAUGUCCUUGGCUCAGAGAGUGCUACUCACCUGGCUUUUCACAUUACUCUUCUUGAUCAUGUUGGUGUUGAAACUGGAUGAGAAGGCCCCUUGGAACUGGUUCCUCAUAUUUAUUCCAGUCUGGAUAUUUGACACUAUCCUUCUCGUCAUACUCAUUGUGAAGAUGGCUGGCCGAUGUAAGUCUGGCUUUGACCCUCGACAUGGAUCACACAAUAUUAAAAAAAAAGCCUGGUACCUCAUUGCAAUGCUACUUAAGUUAGCCUUCUGCCUCGCACUGUGUGCUAAACUGGAACAGUUUACUACCAUGAAUCUUUCCUAUGUCUUCAUUCCUUUAUGGGCUUUACUGGUUGGGGCUUUAACAGAACUUGGAUAUAACGUCUUUUUUGUGAGAGACUGACUUCCAAGUAUACCAUCUCAUUUCUGUUGCUGUUCAGCAAGUUAUAAAGUGUUCUGAAUAUUUGCAAGCUUCAAGAAUACCAGCAAACCGAGGGAAAAUUAUCAGUGUAAUCUUUACUACUUUUACAGAACAGGAUUGGUAAAUCACGAACUUCUAGCCAACCCAAAACUGAAUUAGUCAAUAUCUGAGUUACUAUCAUUUUCCCUAUAUAAAUAAAGUUUGAUUUUGACCUCA